AUGUCCAAAGGUGAAGAACACUCUCCAUCAUCAAAAGAAACCACCAUGACCACUGCCAAACCACCAGCACACCAUUUGAGUAAACAUCAUGAUUUACUUCAAAAAUUGAGCCUGGAAUCAAAGAAAUUAUUUAAAGAGGAAUUGAAGAAAUUUAAAGAACAGCAAUCGGAGGAACGAGAAAAAUUGACCUUGUUGAAAUCUCCAGUCAGAACAUUAUGGUAUUGUUUGAUGGAGUUGAAAUUGAAAGUUUCGCAGCUUUGUUCUCACCUUGUACAGAAGAGACUCUUUUUGACUGUAUUUAUUGUUGGGCUAAUUAUGUCACUGGCUAGUUUAAUUUUUACAUGGAAAUUUAUAUGUAAAGAACAUCAUCAUUUGACAAGGAAUAGAGAGAUGAUUUCAAAUAUUGACAGUUUUUGCAAUAAUUUAAGAAUAUCAUUCAUUGAGCCGUAUAAUGUAGAGUCGAUCAUGUCAUACUCUAUAAUUGCUUUAGAAUGGCUUGUUUUGGGAGUGCUGAGUUCUAUUGGGCUUGGAUCAGGACUUCAUACAUUUUUGCUGUACUUAGGACCAUUUAUUGCAAAGGUUACCAUUGCAUGCACAGAAUGCAACUCGUGUAAUUUUGCAAAGUAUGGAGCGAAUAGUUUCACAUGUCCUUCAACUGCCACACAAGGAACAAGCAUGACAUUUUGGGAAAUUGUUUCUAAUGUGGAAUAUGAGGCGCUUUUCUGGGGAUUAGGAACUGCUAUUGGAGAAAUUCCACCAUUUCUUAUUGCUAGAGCAGCUAGAAAGUCUGGUUCUUCAUUAGAAAGUCUAGAAGACGAAAAUUAUGACUCUGAUGAAGAAGAAUUAUCGGAUAAAAAGGAAGCUCCAACUGGAAUUUCUAAAAUUUGGAAUGAAUGGAUGGAUUGGUUCAAAUCAAAAGUUGAGACAGUGGUGGAAAGCAAUUACACAUUUUUCUUUAUUUUAGCAAUGGCAUCAAUUCCAAACCCUCUUUUUGAUUUGGCAGGUCUCACUUGUGGUUUCUAUCUCGUACCCUUCUGGGUUUUCUUUUUGGCUACUGUUAUUGGAAAAUCUAUUAUCAAGGCUAAUUUGCAAACUCUUCUCAUUGUUGCAAUUUUCAGAAAGGAGCAAUUGGAAAAGAUUGUUAAUUUUGUUGAGGAUUUAAAACUUCCAUUCAUUCAAGGAAAAGUUAAAGCGUUUUUCGAAAAUGAAAGAGCCAAAUUCCAUCCAGAUGCCAUCAAACAAGCCACCACCGAAUCAUCGAAAAGCAUUCUUUCCACCAUUUGGGAUUUUGUAUUAAUUUUAAUGAUCAGUUGGUUCUUUGUCUCCAUCGUUAACUCAACAGCACAAGGAUGUCUCAUGGAACAACAAAAAACAGCACUUGAACAAUUUAAAGAACAGCGUCUUCACGAGCUCAUUAAAUCUGAACAGAAAGAGAAGAAAUAA